AUAAUAAAUAAUGAGAAAAAUAGAAACCCUAAAUCAUAUUAUAUUGCAGUAACAUCAAUUUCUUCCCUCUCCGUUGUUCGUGUCAAAAUGUCGUCGUCACUGAUAUCGGAUUUUCUCCAUCAAGCCGGCGGAGCUGCCGUCAUCGACGGCGGUUUAGCGACAGAGCUUGAACGCCAUGGCGCCGACCUCAACGACCCCCUUUGGAGCGCCAAAUGCCUCAUUUCUUCCCCUCACUCUGACCUCAUUCGCCAGGUGCACCUUGAUUACUUGGAAAAUGGUGCAGACAUUAUAACCACAGCAUCUUAUCAAGCCACUAUUCAAGGUUUUAAGGAAAAAGGAUUUUCUGACGAAGAAGGUGAAAACAUGCUAAGAAGAAGUGUUGAAAUUGCUCGCGAGGCUCGCGAUUUGUAUUAUGAAAGAUGUGCUACGGGUGAUGAGACUGAUGCUAGAAUCUUGAAGCAAAGGACUAUCCUGAUUGCAGCAUCUAUUGGGAGCUAUGGAGCUUAUUUGGCUGAUGGAUCAGAGUACAGUGGGAUUUAUGGUGAUGCUAUCACAUUGGAAGUUCUCAAAGAUUUUCAUCGAAGAAGAGUUCAAGUUUUGGCAGAUUCAGGUGCAGAUCUGCUUGCAUUUGAAACAAUUCCAAAUAAGAUUGAAGCUCAGGCUUAUGCAGAACUUCUGGAAGAAGAGAACAUAAAGAUUCCAGCAUGGUUUUGUUUUAACUCUAAGGAUGGAAUUAAUGUUGUUAGUGGUGAUUCUAUAGAGGAAUGUGGUUCCAUUGCUGAAUCGUGCAACAAAGUCGUUGCUGUUGGAAUCAACUGUACCCCACCUAGAUUUUUACACGGUCUUAUACUUCUGCUUAAUAAGGUGACUACAAAACCAGUUGCUAUAUAUCCAAAUAGCGGGGAAACUUAUGACGGUGAUCGAAAGGAGUGGAUGCAAAAUACAGGCGUUACAGAUGAAGAUUUUGUCUCGUAUGUUAGUAAAUGGUGUGAGUCAGGGGCUUGCCUUGUAGGUGGCUGUUGUAGAACGACUCCUGUUACCAUCAGAGGGAUAUACAAGACACUAUACAACAGUCGAUCUGCUACUCUUGCCACAGAGUGACUGUCCGGAAUUCAGAAAAGGAGGUAAAUGUGCAAAUCAGUCUAAACUUAUAGGUCAAGAAUGCAAGCAGCUGCAAUUGGUCAUGUUGCUGCUACUUUGGGCCGAGAGGGGAAGAUAAAUAUGGUUUAGCUGUGCUAAUAAAAUGGCAGUAACAUUUUCUUUUGAACACACUCGAUAAUUCGAGUGAAGGAGAACGGGUCUAAAUUAUAGUUCGAAAGAUUUAUUGGUUAUUGUAACUUGGAUCAUAAUUUGCCAUUGAAGCUAGUGUCCGGAUGAUAGCAUUAUGUGGACAUUGCACUCAACUAGAAGGGAAAGAUGUUUCUGUUUUGAUUUUCUUUUCAAUUUUGGAAAAAGAAAUGGUCAUUAAUUACUA